AUGGGCUGCGGCUGCUGGCGGCUGCUGGGCGUCGUGUGCCCGCUGCUCCUGCACCUCGCCGCGAGCCAGGAGCCCGUCAGCAUGGCGGGGAAGUGCGACACCAUCUACAAGGGCUUCGCCGGCUGCCUCAUCAGCCUGGGGGACAGCAUGGCCCAGAGCGUCCGGCGGCAGCGGGAGGAGGGUGGCGAGGAGGCACAGGAGCUGGACACCAUCUGCAAGUCCUGGGACGACUUCCACGCCUGCGCCAGCGAGGUGCUGUCGAGCUGCCCCGAGGAAGCGGCCGCCAUCUGGGAAUCGCUGCGCCAGGAGUCCCGCAAGAUCCAGUUCCAGGGGAACCUGCAGGAGCUGUGCAGCGCCCGGGGACGCCUGGCCAGUGCCCGCGGCUCGCCGGCCGCCGAGACCAACCAGGCCACGCUGCGGGGCUCGGCCACCCCCCUGCGUCCCUGCCUCCUGGCCCUGCUGGCCCUGCCGCUGCUGGUGCCCUGGCUCUAG